CUGUGCACCCAGCCUCCACAGUCCUUGUGCUCCAGCAAAACUUCCCCAAAAGGCAUUUUGGCCCCCCAGGCAGUGGGUCCAGGACAAACAUGGCAUCAAAAAGUGCAAGCAGUGAUGAGGAACAGAGCCUUCGAGUGUGUGAGCAGUAUGUCCAGAAGCACAAUGUCCAACAACUUCUCAAAGACUGCAUCAUCCAGCUGUGCACAGUCCGGCCAGACCGGCCCAUGGCUUUCCUCAGAGACUACUUUGCAAGACUAGAAAAGGAGGAAACCCAGCAGAUGGCUGUGCAGCAGAGGUCAAGGUUACGAUCAGACUCUCGAGAGGAUGAAGUGUCUCCACCCAUGAACCCUGUGGUGAGGGGUCGUAGCCGGAGAGGAGCAAUCAGUGCUGAGGUUUACAACGAGGAAGAUGCUGCUUCUUAUGUCCGAAAGGUCAUCCCAAAAGACUACACAAGCAUGGCUGCCCUGGCCAAAGCCAUGGAGAGGAAUGUGCUGUUUGCCCACUUGGAUGACAAUGAGAGGAGUGACAUUUUUGAUGCAAUGUUUUCUGUCAACUACAUUGCUGGAGAAACAGUCAUCCAACAAGGUGACGAGGGAGACAACUUCUAUGUCAUUGACCAGGGGGAGAUGGAUGUUUAUGUGAACAAUGAAUGGGUGACUAGCAUUGGUGAGGGAGGCAGUUUUGGGGAACUGGCUCUGAUUUAUGGGACACCUCGUGCAGCUACGGUUCGGGCAAAGUCCAACACCAAGCUGUGGGGCAUUGACAGAGACAGCUAUAGAAGAAUACUGAUGGGGAGCACUCUCAGAAAACGCAAGAUGUAUGAGGAGUUCCUCAGUAAGGUGUCUAUUUUAGAGUCUUUGGAGAAGUGGGAGCGCCUAACAGUUGCUGAUGCUUUGGAGACGGUGCAGUUUGAGGAUGGACAGAAGAUCGUGGUGCAGGGAGAGCCUGGCGAUGAGUUUUUCAUAAUCCUAGAGGGGACAGCAGCUGUGCUACAGAGGCGGUCAGGGGAGGAGGAGUUCGUAGAGGUUGGCAGACUUGGACCAUCAGAUUAUUUUGGUGAGAUUGCCUUGCUGAUGAACAGACCCCGUGCUGCCACCGUUGUUGCAUGUGGACCCCUGAAAUGUGUCAAACUGGACCGGCCGCGGUUUGAGCGAGUCCUGGGUCCUUGCUCUGACAUCCUGAAAAGAAACAUAGAGCAGUACAACAGCUUUGUUUCCCUGUCUGUCUGAACUUCUCAGUCAGUAAUGCCUUUUCCUUGACUAUAGGUCCUCCUGCCAUUUCAAAUGAGCUUUAUUUCCCUACAUCCUUUCUCUUUUACAUAUGUUACCACACUCUCAAAGUCAAGUUAUAUAUGUUACAUUUAUUUCUUCUCUUUUUUAAAUCCAUUUAUUUUAUUUUAUCUUUGAGUACUUAAAAUCUGCAUUUGAUAUGUGUGAAAAAAGUUCUUAGUCCAAAUUUAUCACCUGAACACCAUGUAAGUGUUUGUGUAAGUCUGAAGGUCUAGAUGCAAUAAUAGGAUGUUGUAUGGAUUACUAACUCUGGGUUGACAUUUUUGCCACAGCUCUAAAUCACUGAUCAUUCCAAUUUAUAUUUUAUUUAGGUGACAUUAAACAAUCUAUGCAAAACCAGAGGGCAGUUUAUAGUUGCAUAAACUAGAUGAAUUACGUAUCUCUCUUUAGUUUAAAAAAGGUCAAAUUCAGACAAAAAUAGAAAUGAUAAUGGAAAUCAGGAUGGUGGGGUCCAACAUGAGCACCCAAAAAUACUGUCCAACUAUGAGUUUAACUGUCUAAAGUCAGAGAGUUAAACUGUGAUAUCACAAAUGGAUGAUAGGCUGGGAGACAAGGAUGCAUAGUACCAGUCUUGGUAAUAUGUAAAAUGCCUUAUGGCUCCAGACCUAUAAAGAGAGUGUCUGUAUGCCGGGUUUGACUUUGAUUGGACAAUGAGGUUACCGGGGAAAAAGUGUCGAGGCUUUUCAGCUUCGCAUUCCUGUGCUGUUUUUAAUCAAUCACAAACAGCACUGGAACACCAUUUUUUUGCUCUACAUUGCAUUUGGACGGUACUUCUCACCUUAUGGAUUGACAUUUUUUCCUAUUGACAAGGUUUCUGCAAAAGGUAUCCAGUUUGUUGGUGAAUUCAGCCCUUAUUGUCACACCGAUGCUGCAAGAGCUGGUUUUAUUCUAAAUGAAGAGGCUUAAUUACAGAUAUUGGAUUAUAUGUUUAUUACACCAUGUGACAAGUGUGCUUUCUAUCUGAAUAUGACAGUUUUGUUUUUCCCCUUAACAUUUGUAUGGACUUGCUUAGAUAUUUAAAGAAACUAAAAAAAUGGGCUAAAUAUGUCCUUUUCGUGAUCGUCCUCCUCCUCCUUGUAACACAAUAGUCAUUACAUCUGUGACCAAGUAUGUGCACACGUUGACAUUCCCAUGAUCAUUAGCCAUACCUUUAACUUAAUUGUAUAUUUAUUUAGCAUGCUUCUCUUAGAAGGUUUAUAUUUGCUUAACCACAUAAUUGUCAUGUUGACUUUUAUCAAGCUAGUGUCAUACCAGCCCAAACACCUUUCUUAAAGGGCCGUUAGAGUUAAAUGCUGUCUCAGAGGGACUGCAACAACUUCACAAUGUGAAGGUUGUUGUUGUUGUUGUUGUUUUUUUUUUUUUUUUUUUUACUGAAAAUAGGAAAUAAGAGCAUUUCCUUUACAGUUAAAAUACUUUUUUAAAUUUAUCUAUCACUGAUUUCAAAUGAAGCUUUCCAUUUAAAUAUUACUUCUUCAGCUUUUCUGAUCACAGGUAAAUGAGGUAUUUUAUUAAUGUGGUCUAUACAGCUAUUAGUGAAAAAGCCCAGCUCGAAUUAAAAUUGAUGUUUUCUCAGGUCAUAGGCACCCAUAAGUACAAAAGCAGCUAAAAGAAAUAGAUUUACAACAAAAGAUGAGAGAAUGUGUUAAAAGAUGACAGAACUGAAAUAGAUGUCUUCUUAGCAGCAGUACCAUGACAAAUAAUUGCAUUUUGCCAAAAAUAUCGCCAAAAAGGUCAAUACUGUGUGUAUUAAACAAAAUCAUUGGGAAGAACUGUCAUAAACCAUUGCAUCUGUAUGAGAUCAGUCUUGAUAGUCAGAAUUAAAUUGAGAAAAAUGCCUUUCAAUUGUAAUAUCAAAUGUAGCUUUGGCUAUGAUGCAAUCUAAAGAAUGUUUUUUUUAAAUUACAGAUUUCUUCUUAAUAGAAUGUUACAAUAACAGAGAGGUUACAUUUAAUUAAAGAUAAAAACAAAUAUGCUCACUUGAAUUGUAUUUGCAUAACCUCAGACAGUAAGAACCGUGAAAGGAUAAGACAUGUUCAUUCAUUCCUUUAUUUUUAAAGAUACUUUGUAUCUUAACUGUUCAUAUUACAAGAUAUGCUUUUUUUUAAUGAAAAAUUGACACAAAUAGCCAUAUUGGACUUUGAUACCACCUGUGAAACAUGUAGUAUUAUUAAGCUCAACAAGAAGCAUGCCAUAUGAAAGGCAAAUUAUUGUCAGAAUUAUUAAUAGAAGUAAGUCAGAUAUACAUCAUGUAAACCAUAGCAAAAGAACAGAACCUUGAUUGAUCAAAACAGGUCUGACUUUCACUAAAUCUGCCCUGAUGGAGUAUCACUCAUGUCUUAUAUAUUUCCAUAUUUUUUACAUUUAUUUAUUUUUUGUUUUUAAUAUUUUGAUACUGAAAAGUACUGAACUCUAUGCAGUAUUUUUUUCUACUAUUAUUCCUUCACUCUGCUUCCAUCAUAUGAACUUUUGUUGUUUAUAUUCAGGCCUUCUACAGAUGUACUCAAAGCAAUCAACAACUUUUUCCAACGUUUUUUAACAUACAAAAUAAUUUCAUUGAAAGGGGAAAGUGUUUAUGCUGUUGAGUUCAGUGUCGAGUUAGAAGUCUCUGAAAAUUCUCACUGCUGGGCCAACUGAACACAAGUUAGUCUGUGACUCCUAAAACAAAAUAGAGGGUAGUUAGAAUUUAGGAGAUGGGGAAAGAGAGAGAAAGAGACUUUUCUUCAGAUCCCAUUCUCAGAAUUAGUUUUCAUGGUGGGGGAAGAUAAUAUUCAAUACAUUUCUAAUUUGAAUAUUUUUCUAUGUUUUGAUGAAAUGGCAAACUUCUAUUAUAAAGGAUACAUUUAAAAAACACUUCUUGUUUUUCUUUAAUUUCACAUGAACUUGUACAUUUACUUUUAGAUCUGCAAGUUAUUGGCAGGUUUAAUGUUUUUCAUGUUAAACACCCAUCAACAGUGAUAACAUCUGUUUUUCUUUAAAAAUAUGCCUUAACUCGGAUUACAUCUGUCUGGUACUUGAACAGUCUUUAUUUUCACUUGAGACUGUGUCUUGAAUAAUGAGUGUGAAUUUAUCAACCUUUGUAAUCUGAAUUACCUGUUACUUGUUUGUUUUCAGCUGCAGAUCACUGCACUUCACUCACUCAGACAAUCACUGUGUGAAAAUGACAAAAACAAAUACCUGCAGAGAACUUGCUGAAACACUGUCUUUUUCUGAGGUUUCUGUGUUUUUCCUCAAAUUGAUUGCAGUGUAACUUUGGAUUUCUCUGAUGGAAGUUCUUCAAGCACUUUCAGCAAUAAAGAGAUGUGUUUUCA